AUGCGACUAACGCUCGCCCCUAGGUUGGCCAAGGACCUGAGUACGUCAUCCCACAUCGCUCACACACAACCAACGCCAUUUGUAAACCGCUACGCUCAGCACAUUGCCGAGUCCACCACCAUCUACGACCACAGCUACAACCACUUUGACCAGCAACCUUCAGCUUCGCUCACGGAGUUGAUCGAAAUGUCUGCUGCAACUUCCACAAGAGUUGGCAGACUAGAAGGCGAUAACACUACCCACACAGAGAUUGACCCCCUCCUCACUACCACCAUGGCAGUGACUUCCACCGGCUGGCCCUACGGGGCCCAGCCCGGAUGCGCUGCACCCCACGACACAAUGGAGAACAUGUUCACACAAGGCUCGCCUCUCUCCGAGCUCUACGAGUCGCCGGACGAGAUGGCCUGGGCCACCUACAUUAACGAGGAGAUGCUCGCCCCCAGCGACUUCACCAUGAACUACCCCUACCCCACGGACACCAGCUCCCCGGAGGACAUCAUCAAUGACCCCACCGUCCAGUACGACGUCGAGCAGAGCCUCUUCUCCUUCAACGACCCCCUCCCAGACCUCUCGGCGUCGUCGGACUACCUCUCGGGCGACCAGCUCUCCGUCUCCUACUUCGGCAGCGCAAACACCUCCCCCUUCGAGCAGUCUCUCGACUACAUCCCCGACGACAUGGACUUCCUCCAAGACCCAAGCUCCAUGCCCGUCUGGCCCCUCUCCUCCACCAGCGCCUCCCCGCUCCCCACGAGCACCACCUCCCCGACCUCCCCGGACGCCGCCGACCACCCCUACCGCUGCACCACCGACAACUGCACAAAGACCUUCCGCAAGGAGGCCCAGCUCAAGCAGCAUCAGCGCGUCCACCGCAAGUCGCUCGUCUGCACCAUCUGCCGCGCCGAGCGCCACACCGAGCACAAGUUCGCCCAGGUCCGCGACCUCGAGCGGCACCUGCAGGCGCGGCACCCCGAGGUCGCGCAGACCGCCAACGUGCGCUCCGAGAUCCGCGAGUGCCCGUACCCCGGCUGCGACCACCGCGGGCGCAGGGACAACGUGUCGAGGCACCACGAGAGCAAGCACGGCAAGAAGCUCAAGUGGAAGAGGGGCGUUCCCCACGUGGUGGGUUAA